ACGGCCCAAAAGGACGUAUAUGUAUAAAGUCGACAGUGGUGAAGCUGCGACCCCAUUCCACCCUCAAAUCUGUAGUCCCCGUUGGCAACCUACGAUCGACGCCAUGGCUAUGCAGACCGGAAUCGGAGUCUCUAAGAUCCUGAUCAUUGCCGGAGCAGGAUACACUGGUACGAUUCUUAUGAAGAACGGAAAACUCGCUGACUUGAUCGGAGAACUGCAGUCGCUGGUGAAGAGAAUGGAAAAAUCGGGAGAACAGUCUGAUGGAGAUGCUGAUUUCUCAGAUGCCCUUGCAGCUCAGGUGCGACGGCUGUCGAUGGAGGUUCGGCAACUAGCUUCAGGAGGACGACAAAUUAUGGUUCUGAAUGGAAAUUCAGUUCCAGGUAACAUGUCCUCUCUCAUAGUUCCAGCUGCUACUUUGGGAGCAUUGGGUUAUGGUUACAUGUGGUGGAAGGGUUUCUCAUUCUCAGACCUCAUGUACGUGACAAAGCGUAACAUGGCAACGGCGGUUACGAACUUGACAAAACAUCUGGAGUCUGUGACAGAGGCUCUUUCUGCAGCGAAGAAGCAUCUGACACAGCGAAUUGAGUCAUUGGAUUACAAAAUGGAACGUCAAAACCAAGUCUCAAAGGAAAUUCAAGCAAAUGUUUCACAAGCUUGUGAAGAUCUUGGUAAAAUUGAUGUUGACUUGUCAGAAUUACAGAAGAUGGUUUCUGGUCUAGACUUCAAGAUAGACUCACUUGAGUAUAAACAGGACAUUGCAAAUGCUGGUGUGUGGUACCUGUGCAAAUUUGUUGAAGGCAAAAAGGUGGACAUGCCUGAAUUUUUGCAGAAAGAUCAGCUUAAAAUUUCUGGCAAGAAUCGUCGCUUGCUUACAAAUUCAGAAUCCCCAAGUCUUAAGGGUCUCAAGGAUAUUGCAGAUGCUUUGUCUGAAACCAUCAGUGAUGGCAACAGUAAUUUGGAUGACCAGGCAAGAACAGUGAAGAGGACUACUUCAGCAAUAUGUUGAUUUGCAUUGUGUCCGUGAUGUUCGGCCACUUUUUUCCAGUGUUUUUUAUAGAAGAAAAAAAAGUAUGUAAAACAAUGCGAUUGGACAUUUGGCAUUAAAUCGAUUGAUGGUUAUAUAAAUUAUUGGUUUCUUCCUUUUGCUCAGUUCAGUCACCUCGUUGAAAUAUGUAUAGUCUUAAAUAUAAUUACCAGACCAUUUUUGGAACGAACCA